AUGGAGGAGUCGAAGGGGGAACAGACGACUGCUACCGACGCUCAAAAGUCUCCCACUUUACCGGCGAGCGUCAUCGUCAACGUUUUGUCCAAACUCCCGGCGAGAUCUCUGUUCCGAUUCAGGCUCUUGUCCCGUAACUACCUCAACCUAAUCCAAUCCCCUGAUUUUAUCGCCGCCCACGCCCGCGAUUCCUGCCUCAAUCGCGCCGGUCUCCUCCUCCUCGCCGAAUCCCUCUCCGGCCCAGUGGCGUCCUUCUUACCGCGCCGGCGAUACCCGACAACAGCUGCGGCGGAGGAACGUCAAGCGAACAAGUGA